CUCUGAUGAUGUAGCGGAAUUUGGAGCGCUGUUUCCCCGCCAGCCUUCCAUCUGUGACUCGCUGAGAUUUCCUCAUCUUCCUCUACCCCCUACUCCCAGCAGCAGGGCCCGUGUCUCCGCGGGUCAAGAUGGAGUUCCGGACGAUGAUACCCACUCUGCUCUUCCUCUCUGCCGCCUGUCUGCACUCGUUGUGUGGCGCGGCUACACGGACAGGACCGAAAGUCACCGAGAAGGUGUUUUUUGAUAUUACAGUCGGAGGUCAUGAGGUUGGGCGCAUCGUCAUCGGCCUUUUUGGCGAGGUCGUCCCACUGACUGUCAAUAACUUUGUCGCCCUAGCAACCGGAGAGAAAGGCUAUGGCUACAAAGAGACAAAGUUCCACAGAGUCAUCAAGGACUUCAUGAUCCAGGGAGGAGACUUCACAGCUGGAGAUGGAACUGGAGGUCACAGUAUCUACGGAACAACUUUUGCCAAUGAAAACUUCAAACUAAAGCAUUUGGGAACAGGCUGGGUGAGUAUGGCGAAUGCCGGUCCGGACACCAACGGAUCACAGUUCUUCAUCCUGGCUACUAAAGCACCGUGGCUGGAUGGGAAACAUGUGGUUUUCGGCAAAGUCCUGGACGGGAUGUCUGUGGUUCACACCAUCGAGCUCCAGGACACCAACGACAGGAACUUGCCGUACACUGAGUGUGUGAUCGUCAACAGCGGCAGGAUCCCCGUCAAAGAACCCUUUGUGGUGGAGGUGGAGGGCUGGUAGACAACACUGUUCGACAGUUAACUACAAAUACAGAAUGCGAUUAUUAUGAACUGGUGAUCAAUCACAUAUGCAGAUUGGCAAAUUAACAUUUUGACAUCAUUGCUUUCGCAUUCUAAGGUUCUAACAACAACAAGCUAUGCAUCACAGAUUAUGUUUUAAACCCAGAAACAUUUCUUCAACUAACCUGAGCAAAACUAAUGAACUCACUGAGCAUUGAAUUUGAAUUUCAGUAGGUAACAAAAAAACAAGCUAACCUACCUAUCAAUGAUUUUACACUGAAUGUUUUUUAUGUUAACAUGCAACAAGCUAACUGUAAUCCAGGCUAAAUGUUACAUGCUAAAUUUAAGCAAGUUCAAAUCUAGCUGUAUUAAGCUAACAACAGGCUUGCUAAUGCUAGCUUGUCCAGUUAACUUGGUUACGAUGAUCUCAACUUGAGACUGAUUUCUACAGAGAUAAUAUAAGUAACAGAUUUAUUCAUUUAGUUAUAACAUAUCACACUAUGAUGUCAAAAAAUUGUCUGUGAAGGGAGGUAAGAUUUAUAUCAACUUUCUAAAAAUCAACACUACACAGUUGGCUGAACACCUUAUAUCUUCAAAAUGGCCAAUUUAGGAGGAGUGUGUCAAAGAUGUCACGUUUUAAACUAGUUUUUUUUAUUUUUUAAAAAGCCUUGAGGCAUGAUUUGAGGGGAAAUAAACUUUAAUGGAAUUAGAAAAUCAAAUCAAUAAAAGAAACAAUCCACAUAUGAGCCAAUUUAGCUCCGGAAUUUAUUUAAUUUGCCAGUAAAUGUAUUUUUUUUAGCUAUUCACUUUUAUUUAUUGGUGAAAUCCUAUGUGUAAUAGGACCCCUGAUAUAUAACCAUUCUAAUUCUACUUGAUGAUAUGAGGUUUUCAGUCAGUAAUGACACACUGUAUGCAGAGAGGAGUAGUCCGUGUUCAUCCGGUUCACUGUGGUUAAUGUUUUAUACGUUAGCAUACUUGUAUAUUCAGUAGAUGGUGCCCGGUAGCAUCAUCGCUGCAACUCUGUAUCAAACUUAAUAAGGAAUAGUGACCUCAAACAUGACACACAUCAUGGAAACUUGCACUUAAAGAAUAUGUAGCUCCUCUUUAAUCUCUUAUUGCCAAAAUAUUUCUACAUUUGCCAAAUUUGUUUGCACUUUCUAUGCAUCUUAUCAAAGUAUAUCAAAUUUGACAUAUGCAAAAAACUAACUUUUUAGCAAAAACUCAAUCAUGCACUAUUUUUUAUCUUUCCAUUAUUGAACAUAAAGAGGUUCUUUGUAUGUUUUUAUUUUAUUGAGAUUCUCCUGAUGCAUUAUCCACCAUAUCAUGUUUUGCAAAAACAACAGCACAAAUUGGACUGGAAAGAAAAUGUUUUAAAAAAUGUGAUUAAUAUAUUCUAACUGUCCUCUCAAUGUUGAUUUUAAAUGUUGUUCUUUGUGUGUUGUUGUAGCAUUGUAAUCUAGCAAAGUCCUGACGGUUACUUCUCCUAUCAAUGAAGUAAAUGUAGCAUUUUAGAUCUCUUCAACAAACAUAUCAGGAGUUCUGUUUUCAUUAUUGAUCAACCACAGAAGCAGAGUGCCAACAGGUGUGUUUUUUCUACAAUAAACAAUAUGCUGUUGUAAAAAAAGUGAUGUGUAUUUGAUGUUAUUUUGGUAUCUGUGUUCUGUCUCUGUCCAAUUUGUGUUGUUUGGCUGUGUCAUGGUUUACACAGCAUCCAGAUAAUCUUUGUGAACUCGUGAAUGGCUUUUUUUAUUCAUG